CAAAUACGCGGUUAGGUGCGCGCGAGUCGAUCAAAAUACGUUUCUAUAACAGUCGUGCGCCGUGACCUAACGAUCAUAGACGUGCCUAUUGAUAUAUACUCACUAAAUUCUAAAUUUAUCUCAUGUUAUAUGUAGACGAAAUCGCUAUCAAUAAUGUUCGGUAAAAAUAUUCGCGCGAAAAUGUCUGGCAAAUAGCCUUGUGAAGUGUUGUUAUGUGGAAGAAAAUUUGUUUGUAUAGUGAUAAAUAAAAUAUCAAGUUCGGUCAAAAUUUUGUCCAAACAACUAGAGUAUCCUAAUCAAAACAUCUUCGGGAUUGGACGAAACUUGUUUGAAUAUUUACUUGGUUGAAAAACAGUUGAAGAAUGGCUUCCACACCAGAAUCACCAACUCCUACUGACACUCCUGAGGAUACCCCCACACCAUCACCAGGUCCUCAAGAAAUUAACAAGUUCAACUGGCUAAAGCGAGCUCAGGCAGCCAGGAAUAAUCCAUUCGUGAAAGCAAGACCCUCCUUGACACGAGAAAGUUCAUCAGCUGAGCUAUUUUCUCAAGAAAAUUCAAGUCCAGACCUAUUCCAAAGUUCUAGGCUGAAUCUCUUUGAUACUGCACCAAAACCUGAAGUUACUUCUAAUGGAUUUAAAAAGGGUGUAUCCUUCAUCGGCUGGCAUCAGAGGACCCGGCUGGAGCGGGUGCUCAUGAUAGCAACUGCUGUACUCUUCAUAGCAGUUCUCCUGACCACCACCGUGCUGCUGACCAUGCGGGGACCUACUUAUCUGCCAGUCCCACCUUGCUACCAACCAGAGAGCAAAGAUCAAGCGGUAUGUCUCAAAGGGUCCUGCAUAUACACGGCAAGUGAAGUUAUAAGAGCCCUAGAUGAGACCCAGGAUCCUUGCGAAGAUUUCUACGAGUUCGCCUGCGGUGGCUGGAUAAAGAACAACCCUAUUCCUGAAGGCAAAUCCAGUUGGGGCAUCUUCAGUAAGAUUGAGCUGCAGAACCAGUUGAUCAUCAGAUAUGCUCUUGAAAAAGUGAACAUCUCGAACCCAGCGGACGCGGAAGCCAAGGCUCGUAUUUACUAUGACGCGUGCAUAGACACCAAUGAGACCAUUGAGAAGUUGGGAGAAAAGCCCCUGGUGGCUGUCAUCAAGCAGUUGGGUGGCUGGCAUAUUCUGCCCAGCACCAUGACCAAACAGAGAUGGGACCUGCAGAAGUUGAUUCAGGAUGUUCAGAACACUUUCAAUCUGGGUGGCUUAUUCAAUUGGGCAGUAACUGAAGACGACCGCAACUCUUCCAAACACGUAAUUGUGUUGGACCAAGGAGGCUUAAACCUCCCGACUCGAGACAACUAUCUUAACAGAACUGCCCACAAAAAGGUCUUAGACGCAUACUUAGACUACAUGACCCGAAUAUGCGUUCUUCUCGGAGCUAACAAAACCGAAGCUAGAGCCCAAAUGAAUAAAGUCAUUCUGUUUGAAACGGAACUGGCGAAUAUAACAACCCCUUCGGAAGACAGACGAGAUGAAGAGGGGUUGUAUAACCCUUAUACAAUAAGACAGUGGCAGAAAGAAGUACCGUUUGUGAACUGGACUAUGUUCUUCAAUGAUGCGUUUAAACUUGUUAAUAGGACUAUACCGGAUACGGAACGAAUAGUGGUAUAUGCUCCGGAGUACUUCAAAAACCUUACCAAAGUCAUAAAGAAAUAUAGCAGGACUGAAGAAGACCAAAGAACUCUAACAAGCUACAUGAUGUGGCAAGUAUCCCGCUCGUUAUCCACAUACCUUUCGAAAUCCUUCCGUGAUGCGACCAAGAUCCUGAGAAAGGCACUGUUCGGCUCUGAGGGUACGGAAGAAUCUUGGAGAUACUGUGUUACGGAUACUAAUAAUGCUGUUGGUUUUGCAGUAGGAGCCAUGUUUGUCCGGGAAGUAUUUCACGGGGAAGCAAAGACACAAGGCGAGAUUAUGAUCAACAACAUCAGAAACGCUUUUAAGAGAAACCUGAAGAACUUGGAUUGGAUGGACGCGGAGACUAGGAAGGCAGCUGAAAUAAAGGCUGAUGCUAUUACUGAUAUGAUUGGUUUCCCAGACUACAUUCUCCAUAAAGAUGAACUAGACAAACAGUAUGAAGAGCUAGAAGUGAAGCCUAAUGAAUACUUUGAGAACAACAUCGCUUUCAACGUGUUUAGUUUGAAGAAUGACCUCAAUAAGCUCGAUAAACCUGUCAACAAGACUAAAUGGGGAAUGACCCCAUCAACGGUAAACGCGUACUACACCCCCACUAAGAACCAGAUAGUCUUCCCUGCCGGUAUACUGCAGCUACCGUUCUACGAUGGUGAUAAUCCCAAGGGCGUGAACUAUGGUGCCAUGGGAGUGGUGAUGGGACAUGAGCUUACUCAUGCGUUUGAUGAUCAGGGGAGGGAGUAUGACAGAUUUGGUAACUUAAACCAGUGGUGGAACAACGCGACUAUCGCCAGAUUCAAGCAGCGAGCCAGGUGUAUUCAGAACCAGUACUCCAACUACUCUGUGGAAGGACAGCGGCUUAACGGGAAGCAGACGCUGGGUGAAAACAUCGCGGACAACGGCGGCCUGAAAGCCUCAUUCCACGCUUAUUUAGACUACGCCAGAACUGCCAAAGUAAACCUCACUCUCCCGGGACUCAAGUACAAUGAUCGACAGCUGUUCUUCAUUUCAUUCGCACAGGUAUGGUGUUCCGCAAUGACCAAGGAAUCUACGAAGAUGCAGAUAGAGAAAGAUGACCAUACUAUCGCUAAGUACCGCGUUAUCGGGCCCAUUGCCAAUCUGAGGGAGUUUUCCGAGCAGUUCCACUGCCCUAUAGGGUCUAAAAUGAACCCUAGGGACAAAUGUGAGGUCUGGUAAGGUCUACAGGCUUUGGUAGGAGCAUAGCUUUUGUCAGGUAAAUGGGACAGAUAAAUCAUUAAUUUGAUGUCAAAUAUUUAUGGUCAGAAACCUAAUGAUGUACUCGGGUUUUGAAAUACAUAACCGUAUUCAGGAAAGUGCUGUUGGAAGCCAUAACUCCAACAUGAAAAUUUUUCUUUAAUAUGAAACCUGUUUUGAGCAUAAUUCGGGCCUCAAUUUAAAACCGCAGUAACCAGGUUUCUAAUACUCGUACAUUUAGGUUUGUCUGAUUCAUUUACCAAACUAGUCUAAUUUAGCACGGAGUUGUAAAAAAUGGAGUGAAAAACAUUUGAACAAUCGUACUGAAAAUGAAGGGUCCCCAUUGGUCGAACUCGAACAUCACGUGAUAAAGGUAAUCGCUAAUUGGCUGUAUUCUUACAACUCCGUAUUAUUUGAAGUUGCAACAUCCAAAAAUUUAGAUAUUUAUACAGUAUGUAUAUAUGAGCUUAGCUGUUGUAACACGGGUAUAUGAUUUAAUAGUACCUAACAAGUUUAUAUAGAACUAAAUGAUUUUGUAAAUAGUAUUUAACAAUGCGGGGGUUAGAAUUAAAACAUGGUACAAUCCUUGUCCUUAUCGGCUUUUGUAUACAAAAAAUAUUUUAUUCGCUUGUGUGUUAUUAUACUACUUAAUUGAUGUUAAAAAUAAACACAAGUACAUAAUAUAUUAUGUAGUUAACGUAUAUCUAAAUUUUUAAUAAAAAAUAUAACCGAUUUAAAGAUAUAUUCUUGUAUACAAAACCGACGGACAAAGCUUAACAAAUACAUAGUACAAUAGAACAUAAUAGUUUGUUAAAUGUAAUAGUUUAAGUUGAAAAGCGACAGAUACCAGGUGUUAAUUUGUGCCAAACAUUCACAUUAAAAAAACACUAGUUUCUGCUUGGAAUGCA